AUGGCAAAUGAGAGUAUUCCGUCACCUAGGCCGAAGGUGCCUGGGUUCACGGAUGCCUUCUGGUCUACCGACUAUGCUGGGGGCUUAGGGGUUCUCUUUCAAAAGCUCCAACAAGGAGUGAUCGAAAAUCAGCAGGUCCUGACAAUUGCAAGCAUGCGAGCGGAUGCAGAAGAGAUGUACAGCGAUCAAUUGGGAGAUAUAGCGCCGACCAUCGAUCGAAUGACUGGUGGAUUCUCCAGGGACGACGGCGCAAGCGUUCGCAAGGCAUACGAAGGAGUCCGCAGCGAAAUGAUCGAAGCAUCCAAGAACCACAGGAAGAUUGCAGACAAUAUUCGCGAGUUGGUUGUCCAUCCCUUUUCCAGAUGGUGCGACGCGCAUGCAACUCGGAUACAAAAUUCGCAGGAUGACCUACAAGCGAAGAUCAAAGCCCAUGACAGACAAGCCGAGGUGGUCAAGAAGUUGAGAAGUCAUUACUUCAACAAGUGCAGGCUCGUGGAAGAUCUCGAAGAGGAGAACAAGCUUGCUUUCCAAGCACCCGGGAAAGAAAGCCCGAAAGCGCAGAGCCCACCACCGCCCAGAAUCGUUCUGCCGGAGGAUGAUGCUGAAGAAUUGCCAGUCGAAAUAGGUGAUGAGACAUACCCGCCCCAACAAUUGAAAGCCCUCUUGACGCAUAUGCUGGAGACAAUCCCACUCGGGGAGUACAAAGUCCCUAUUUUAGGACUGUAUCAGAACGUAUCCGCAGGCACAGAUAUUGUGGAUUACAUACAAAAACACAUGAAAGCAUCAACGGUUGGAUAUGCGGAGAAGAUCGGGCAGGACCUGGUCGACCGUGGAUUCUUACGACUUAUUGGCAAUGUGGGAAAUACAUUUGCGAACAGUUCAAGGAUGAAAUAUCAAUGGAAAUCACGAGUGUUCCAGAUCACAGGUGUUCCCGAAAAGAAGAAGCCUCUUGGGCGCUCAGCCACGGGCUCUUCGAUGGAGGGUCUUCUGGAAUCACCGACAAUCGGAAACAUCACAGAGACUCUACAGACGUGGAAUCCACUGAACAACCCGCACCCAAACGAGACGCCUGCCGAGCGACUCCGGCGUGAGGCCAGAGAAGCAGAUGAGAAGUACAAAGCUGCUGUUCGAAAGCUUGAUCUACUCAGAUGCCAUCUGGAGGAAUCCAUGAUGGAUCAUUUGAAGUUUCUAGAACGCUGUGAGACAGACCGACUGAGAGCCAUCAAAGCAGUGAUCCUCGAUUUCUCUGGCGCCAUCAGCAACAGUAUCCCAUCAUUUCAGAGCCAAGUGGACCACAUGAUGCUGUAUCAGGAAACGAUUCAACCACUGGGCGACCUGCGUUACUUGCUGGAAAACUACAAGACGGGGGCGUAUGUGCCAAAAGUCACCCCGUACGAGAAUUACUAUGGUACCGUGGUGGACCAGACUUUUGGCGUUGAUUUGGAGGCUAGAGCGAGGGCUGACCGCAAACGAGUACCCAUCGUUGUCACGUCGAUAUUAACGUUCCUCGACAACCAUUAUCCAGACCUGGAAGGCGAUGAAGCCCGAAGAAACAUUUGGCUGCUGGACGUCCCCUUGGCCGCCACGCAUCAUCUGAGGAACCAGAUCAACAAUGGAGCUCCGGUAUCGCCAGAGAUCUUGGAAAAGUAUGAAGUGCCGAUCGUUGCUAGUGUUCUGAAAUUGUACCUUCUCGAAUUACCUGACUCGCUUGUCUCGGCGCAGGUUUACGAGAUCAUCAAGACAAUUUACGCAACUACGCCUGAUGCGGUGCCAAAUCCAAUCUCCAGCGACUCAAUUGAUGCCACGCCGAGGAUCAAAGUGCUACAAUCCACCCUGGGUCAGCUGCGUCUCAAUAAUAUCGCAACUCUCGACGCCAUCGUGACCCAUUUCGCCCGCUUGAUCGAUCUGACCUCCGCGGACGACGCCUACGUCACCACACUUGCCCAGUCCCUGGCGCCUUGUAUUUUGCGGCCGCGGAUAGAGAACUCUCUUACUUUGGAAGAGCGCCACCCGUACAGGCUUGUUCGAGAUCUAUUUGACUACAAAGAAGCCAUUUUUGGUGAGCUCAAACGUCAAUCUUCGACUCGCACUGUCUCCGAGAGCAUUUCACAUCGGCAGAGGGCGGUCAGCAAUACGGACGAAAGCUCACGGAGAGCUGCCAUGGAGGCCAGGGCAAAAGCCAUCACCGAACAGAGACAAAGAGACAAAAGCCCAGCACCAAGCAGUCGGCACAGACGUGACAAGAGUACCGAUGGAAGCCUAGGAAGAUUCCCGGUCGUCGCAAGUCCGAGGCUAGAUCAUGGCAGAAGCGUUAGCGCAGCUGGCCUGCCAUCAGCUAAGCGGUCCAGCCUGGAAGUCCCAGGCAGCGUCGAAGGAUCACCCGUUCAAGCUAGGAACCUAUCGGCGACAGAGAGAAACUCGGCCACCAAAAUCGAAGUAUCAGGAACAACGACGAACGGUCAAGGAGAACCAUCUCCCAGUAUCCUACACUUGCCAGGAACUUUCAGUGGUGGUGGACCAGGUCCACAUAUCCCACCCCCGCCGGAAGAUGAUAGCCAGGAAGAGCAAUCGCCAGCGCCAGCGCCAGCAGCGAGAGAACCAGGACAAGAACAGACCCCGAGAGUUGGCUCCUUGAAGAGGAGUGGGGCAGCAACUGAGCGGAAACCCGUCGGCCGUAGUGGGCCUGGGAGUUUGAGCCGCCGCAUUAAUCCAAGCGGUAUGGAUGAGACGAGCCCGGCCACGAUUGCAACACCUCAGGGAGUCCAAUUGACGGACAAACCAAUGGACGAUUUCGCAUGA